AUGGAGGUGUGUCGGAUUUCUCUAUUCUUCGUAGCUCUCGCGUCACCACAAGUUGUAACUUGUGCAACAUUGGAGGAUGUAGUUCAGCUUCACACCGAUCUCUUCUCAAAUUAUUCCACCAACUACGUGCCAGUCCACAAUCACACUGACAUACUCAAUGUAUCCGCAGCAAUAUAUCUUAUGAAUAUUCUUAACAUUGAUGCCGUGUCCGGUGUUAUCGAGAUGACUUUUUGCGUAGAAACCCAGUGGACAGAUUAUCGACUAUCUUGGACUCCCAGUUCCUACGGUGGAUUGACGGGCUACAAUCUAAAGGCAUCUUAUAUAUGGCACCCUAAGAUAUUUCUGCUGACAACAGCAGCUGAGCUCGAGUCUUUUUCCGGCAAUGAGUUCCUUGCGAAUGCACAGCCAUCAGGAGAAAUACAGUUGAUAACAGGAAAAUUGGUGAAAUCAAUAUGUAAUGUAGACAUGACCCACUAUCCGACUGACACACAGACUUGUUCUUUUGUAAUCUGCCCUUGGGGUUACACUCCAUCUGAGGUGCGUCUCAUCCCUUCAAAUAGCACAGUCGCUUUACAGUUCCUUUCGCCAAAUGGUGAAUGGGACAUUGCUUCCACUUCUAUAGUACAGAGUUCAUUUUACGAACCACAAGUAGCGGCACUUCAGAUAAAUUUAACCCUUAGCAGAAAAUCAACAUAUUACAUGAUAUCGUUAAUCGCGCCCAUUGUGCUACUCAUACUCCUAUCCUCCGCUGCUUUUCUCAUUCCGGUCUCUUCCGGUGGAAGGGUUUCCUAUGCUAUAUCAAUGCUGUUGUCGUUAGCCCUUUACUUGAGUCUGAUCUCAGCAAGCAUUCCACAGGUUUCCGAGCCUAUGGCGGGCAUCUCCUACUUUCUGACGCUUUCACUCAUAGGUAGCUCCGUUCUAGUGUUACUUACGAUAUUCACACUCAGAUUAGAAUCCAUUGACACUCUAGACGGAUACCCAGAACGGUUUAUCCGUGUGGUGAGAUCUUUCAAAAAUUGCAGCUUUAAAAGUAAGAAAAGAGAUGAAGUUGAAAAUAUAAAAACGCCGGAAAAUAACGAAAAGCAUUGCGAUAACGUGUCCUUGCAUAGUAGCACAGAAUCGGUGGAUUUGACAGUACCGGAAGUGAGGUCAUACAUCGACAUGUUUCUCUUUAUCACUUCCACCGCUGUGGGUGUAAUUAUGAUCAUCUUCUAUUUUGGCGGAUACAUCAAGAAUUAG